GAAAUUAUGGAUGUAUAAUUGAAAAUUCAAACAGAAACUUACCGUUGCAGAGAAGAGAGAUGAGUUCGAAAGAAAGUUGCAGAAGCGAACUUCGCAUCGCAAUUCGUCAACUCAGCAAUCGUUGUCUCUAUUCCGCUUCCAAAUGGGCGGCGGAGCAAUUGGUAGGAAUCGAAGUGCAAGAUCCAUCCAAAUUCACGCCUUCGAAUACGAGGUUUCAGCGUGGAAGUUCAAGUAUUCGUCGGAAGUACCGUACUCAUGAGAUUACAAUGACAACGCCGAUUACAGGUGUUUCGUAUAUUGCUACUCCGGUUAUGGAGGAAGAUGAAGUUGUUGAUGGUGAUUUUUAUCUUUUGGCGAAGUCUUAUUUUGAUUGCCGUGAGUAUAAGAGAGCUGCUCAUGUUCUUCGUGAUCAAAUUGGACGCAAAUCGCUCUUCUUAAGAUCUUAUGCUCUCUAUCUGGCAGGAGAAAAGCGAAAAGAGGAAGAGAUGAUAGAACUUGAGGGUCUGGGUAAAAGUGAUGCUGUGAAUCAGGAAUUGGUUUCUUUAGAGAGGGAGUUGUCUACACUCCGCAAGAAUGGAACAAUUGAUCCCUUUUGUUUGUACUUAUAUGGUCUUAUACUGAAACAGAAAGGCAAUGAUAAUUUGGCGCGUACAGUUCUUGUGGAAUCUGUAAAUAGCUACCCUUGGAACUGGAAUGCCUGGACUGAGCUACAAUCCUUAUCCACUUCAGUUGAUAUUUUAAAUAGUCUUAAUGUCAGUAGUCAUUGGAUGAAGGAUUUUUUUCUUGCCAGUCUCUACCAAAAACUAAGGAUGCAUAAUGAGUCUCUGUCAAAAUAUGAAUAUUUACUCGGAACUUUUGGUUUUAGUAAUUACAUCCAAGCUCAAAUUGCUAAAGCCCAGUACAGUUUGAAAGAAUUUGAUCAAGUUGAAGCUAUAUUUGAAGAAUUGCUGAGGAUUGAUCCUUACAGAGUGGAAGACAUGGAUAUGUACUCCAAUGUGCUUUAUGCUAAGGAAUGCUUUUCUGGUUUGAGUUACCUUGCCCAUAGAGUAUUCAUGACUGAUAAAUACAGACCUGAAUCUUGUUGUAUUAUUGGGAAUUAUUACAGUUUAAAGGGGCAACAUGAAAAAUCAGUUCUAUAUUUUAAGAGAGCCCUUAAACUGGACAAAAAUUAUCUCUCUGCUUGGACACUUAUGGGUCAUGAGUUUGUUGAGAUGAAAAACACUCCCGCUGCUGUGAAUGCCUAUCGUCGGGCUGUUGAAAUAGACCCAUGUGAUUAUCGUGCUUUGUAUGGACUAGGACAAGCUUAUGAGGUGAUGUGUAUGCCUUUAUACGCGCUUCAUUACUUCAAAAAAGCUGUUUUCUUGCACCCAAAUGAUUCCCGACUGUGGAUAGCAAUGGCUCAAUGCUAUGAAACUGACCAGCUUCGCAAGCUCGAUGAGGCAAUAAAGUGUUACAGAAGGGCAUCAAACUGUGAUGAUGGGGAAGCAAUUGCUCUGCAUAACCUUGCAAAGCUGCAUUCAGAGUUGGGACGCACUGAAGAGGCAGCAUUUUACUACAGAAAGGAUUUAGAGAGGAUGGAAUCUGAAGAGAGGGAAGGACCUAACAUGAUUGAGGCUUUGCUCUAUCUUGCUCAUUAUUACAAAUCAACGAGAAGAACUGAAGAAGCAGAGGUUUAUUGUACACGUCUUCUUGAUUAUACUGGUCCUGAGAGGGAGACUGCAAAAAGUUUACUUAGAGGACUGCGAUCGACACAAUCUAGUUUCCCUCCAGCGGAUGUUGAUCACUUUCCUCCAUAAUGUCUUUUGAUGAAGCACUGGUGUUGUGCUGCAAUUUUCAACUUUGGUUUAGAUUCAUUCCCAUACUUUGUGCUGGAGCAGAACUAACGGCAAAUAUGAAAAUGAUAAGAAUCAUUCUCGUACUUUAAUACUGCAAAAUGCACUACCAUGCUGCACUAACUAGUAGUGAUCUGGUUCUCAAGAACAAGAGUCUGAAAGCUAGAAGAACCUUUCUUCUAUUCUAUAAUUGGAUAAACAGAUCAGGGACCGUUUGAUUUUGUAAAAAUGUAAGGGAUUAGACAGCAUAAAGGUAUUGAAUUUGAAAACCUAAUAUUAAUUUUUUAUUUUAUUUACGGAUAUCAUUGUACUAAAUGAAAUGAACCAAACUCAGGAUAUGCAGAGAUAUUUUACAUACAAA